UUGGCUUUCAGAAAACGCAUGAACACUAACGCAAAAUGGUGAUGGUUCCGACUACUCCGACCGACGGCGAAGAUCACGGCAAUAGCUACUGUUACAGUGGCGAAAGUUCGCCGAGCUCCGAUGCGGUGACAAACUGGCAAAUUGCUCACGGCUCUCUGGAAAGCGCCGUCACAUUUGAGUCCUCUGAUUCGCCAAUUGACCCUGAUUCUAUUCCGAAAUCGCCUGUUAUCGUUAAGCCCCCCUCACUUGAUUCUGGUCCUUGUGAAAUCAAAAUAUGCUUUGCUCAAAGGCAUGAAAUCCAGCAGGUUUAUGUUCGGAGCACUGCACGUGUGUAUGAGAUAUACUAUGCGUCUUCGCUACAUGGUGAGAAUCAGUAUCUUUGUACAGUUCGCUGCAGUGUGGCUGAAAGAGAAGGUGAAAUUCUCCUGGCUGGGAUUGAAGAUGCUUCCAAGCAACAUGUGAAGGUAAUUAGAGUAAAAAAUGGUUCCAACAGUGAAGAGGAUUGGGUAGAUGUCGAAGUUCCUGAUUUACCUGUUGUUGAGAAUGGAAUCAAUUGUUUGGUAAAGCAGGCUGCUAAGGAAGGUGGCAGAAGUGUCCAGGAGCUUUAUGAGGCUACAGCCCAAAUUAGUGAUGCUGAACCUUGUGCUUCACUUACAAUCCGUUUGCUAUCUCUUCAAAGCAAAGACUGUUUAUAUAUAGAUGAGGUUUACAUCUUUGGUGAUCCAUUUGUGUCUACUGAUUCAGAAAAUCACUCUACUCCAGUGGAAAGCUCAGCCCAAAGUUCCCUAAUGGCAAUGCUUGUUCCUACUCUUCUGCAAUUAUCUAAAUCAGGUGCCAGCCGAACAAAUGACAAAUAUGCUUCUGAUAGACAGGGAAAGGAUGAUGAUGCGGGCCCUACAGCAAGGGGACAUGAUAUGACUGAUGAUAUGAAUGGAAUUCACUGUGAGCAGAGAUCGACAGUUGAUGAGCAACAUGUGAGUUUGCAUGCUGAUGAUCAGCUUACAUCUGAACCUGUUCAAUCUUUGCUUCCCACCCUGGACCUUAAUAAAAAGGAACAAGUGGUAGGCAAUGGGCUAAAACCUCAAUCUCCAAAACAAUUGACUGCUGAUGAGAAAAAUAAUAUGCCAGAUAUAGAGAGAGUUCUAGUACAACUUGUUGACCGAGUGAACAGGAUUGAAGAUAUCUGUUUACGGUUUGAAGAAAGCAUGCUUAAGCCAAUAAACAGCAUGGAAGUGAGGCUCCAGAGAGUGGAGGAGCAAGUAGAAAUUCUUGCUAAGAACUCUCAAUAUACUGGAAUCCCUUCAUGCAAUAGAAUUUCGGCUCCUUCUUUUUCAUGCACUGAUUCUAAUUUUGGCUCUUUCUACAAUGAUGGAAAUGAUCAUCCUCCUAAUUUGGCAUCAGAGUUAAAAAUGGAUUUUCCUGAUGAUAAAUUGGCCAGCCAAAUUGAUAAUUCAUCAAUUUCCGCAAGUUCUCCGCGUAUGCAUCCAAGUUGUGUGAUUGCCGCCCCUGAGUUCUCAUGUGGAGAGGAAGAGGAAGACAGCCAUGUGUUGGAACCUUCAAAGAAUUCUCCUGAAGUAAAGAGAAAUCUAGCUUCCUCGAUUGAUAAUGCUUUAGCUGCAGCACUUUCUGGAUUCUUAUCGACAUCUGUUACUUCUCCUGCAGAAUGUACUCAAAAUUUUGAAGUUACUGCUUCUGAACAUAGCGGUGAGAUACAUGAGAAGGAUGGUGAUCCCUUGGAAUGUUCUCCGAGUGGGCCAGUUCUGAGAGAUGAUUGCAUUAGAGAUGAAAAGAAUGAGGGCAUGCUUUCAAAAUAUAGGCGGAUUCUUACAGUUACAGCUCCUGAGUUCACUUUGGAGGAUUUAGACGAUGUGCAUUCUUCACCGAACAGAAAUGAUUAUUCACCUCCACCAAGCACUCAAAAUAAGAGCAUACCGAAUUCUGUUUCAAUUUCCAGUGACAUCACAAUUGAACUAGAUGCAGGGCAAAAGUUAAGCGACAAGCACACCGAAGCAUCUGAAGUGGUUGAUUUCAAAGACGAGAGCUGCACAUGUGAAAGUAAUGAAGCCAAUGACUUGGCGAAUCCCAUUGAUCAUGCCAUCAUCAAGGAAACAACUUCAAAAUAUCCUCCGAGUAUCUUGUUCCCAGAAAAUAACUGUACAAAACGCCCCUUAAGAGACGAGACAGAGACUAAACCCGAGUCUCUGGGAAGUGCUGGUGAAGCUGCUGAAGAUGAUGCCUCAGAGCAGUCUAGCACAGACAUUUUGGGAGGAUGCCGCUAUUCAGUGCCUUCUCUGGAUUUCGAGAUUCCUAUUUUGGAGGUGAACUUUGGAUUACAAGACGACUCAGGUACUAAGUUGCCUCUGGAAGUCCUCCUAGGCGACACUGCAGGAAUCUGUGCCACAGCCGAGGAAACUAAUAUUACUGUCGUGGAUGACGAUGUGGAAAGGGAUCCUUUGACAAUAACCGAUAUCUUGGUGGAUUAUACGUGUGCCAAUGUUGACGAUGCACCAAGCCAUCCCUAUGCUGAUCCAGCAGCGUUCAUUUCUCUCCUCUAAGCCUCAGGUUUCCAAAAUGCACAUGAAUUUUGACAUGAAUUUUUGUGUAUUGUCCGGUUUUCUGUUCUCUGGUCUGACUAUAUAGUUCAACGACAACAUUCCCAUGCGCUUAUGCCUACUUUUUGGCGUCGGUUUUUGUGGCUUGUGCUCGUGCUGUUGCUAUAAUGGUAUGAUUGUUCUUGGAAUCUUGGUUCAGGCUGCCGGAGAUUCUGUUUCUACUGUCUAAAAGAUGCAUUAACGAUUUUACUCGAGAUGUUUAAUGUUUAGUGUGUGUUAUACGAAAAAGUUAUAGUAUUUAUUACAAAAUCACAUGAACUAGCACAAUAUUAUUAUUAUUAUUAUUACUACUACUUUAUAUCAAGAAUAGAGGGACUGUACACCAAGACAACAUAGAAGCUAAGUUGGUACAUGGAUCAACCGGAAUCACAACAUAUUGAGGUUGUUUAAGGUUUUAAGUUCGAUUUUU